AUGUUACGCACAAUCGUGCACAAAAAUUUAUCCAGAAUGGCAUGCCUUGAAAUAAUCAUAUUUUUAUGUUCAAUGAUCACUUUUAUGGUCAGCAAUUGCGAAACAGAGUCAGAAAAUAGUAACAAGAAGAUAAAUUUGUCCAAGUUCCCGUCAGAGUUGGAUUUAUCAAGCCUAGAAGCAUCGUUGGAAAACGAAGAAUCGUUGAGAAAAAUAGUGAAAAGACUGGCACCGGAGAAGAAUGGCGAGUACCAAAUUUAUCAAGUCUUCUUCGGAAAUGUGGAUCUUCUCAAGGAAUGGCUCAAAGGAGCGGGCGUGACAGGACAGCCCGGAGUAGACUUUCCAGCACUCACGACAAUUCCAACCACUUCGUUCAGCUGUCGCGGCCUGAAAGGUGGUUACUACGCGGACUUGGAGACAAAUUGUCAAGUAUUCCACAUCUGCGACAAUGGCCGGAAGAUAUCGUUCCUCUGUCCCAACGGUACCAUCUUUCAGCAAUCGCAGUUGAUUUGCGAUUGGUGGUUCAAGGUGGACUGUAGCAAAUCCACCGAGCUGUACGAGCAAAGCAGCGAGCAGCUAUUCGAGGAGGAAAGAAGACGAGCCGAGACGAGCCGAAAAAAAUCGAAAUUCGACUACCAACAAUCGAUCGAGCAGCAAGAUCGCGGCCAACAAGACGAUUACUACGACGUGCAAAAUCUCAGCUACGACGGUAAACAGAACGGAAGGAUCAAACCUUACGAGGAGCCUCCCCAAGAGAACCAGCUUCAAUCGAACAGAGAAAGGGUCAAAUCCUCCCGUCACUUUGACUCCGCCAAUAAUUUCAACCGGGAAUCGAACGCGCAAAGAGACAACGAUCAAUUGUUCGGUGUUAAUGGGUUUCAAUCGUCGAAUCAACCGUCCAAUUUGAAGCAACAAUUCGAUCAAUUUACAAGGAAUACCGAGGAAGGGAACGUGAAUAGGUAUUCGACCACGAAUCAAGAUUAUUACACAGCCUCGAAAAAGACACAAAAUUACUACGUGACCAAUAGAAACUCGAAUGCCCAACGGGACGAUAAAGGAACUCUGAAGAGAUCGAAGUUGAAAGGUUUGAGAGGUAAUUCAACCUCUACCGUUUCCCAAAGGGUGACUCCGGCUUAUACCGAGUCGACCACGUUCAGAGGAAGCAAUACCAGCCCUGUGAAAGAAUCCCAGCAAUUUGCUGAAAGCGCGGCUUUCGUUGGAAAUCGUGGGAAUCGAUUCAACGAGAACACUGGAAACACGCAUCACUAUUACUAUCAAUUGUAUAUCAAUCGGGGGGAUUCUACCACGAGAAAUCCUAAUUACGAUCCGACCACUUCGAGACAGGACAAGGAAAACGACGUGUCCACGAGGAGGAACGAUCACUCGUUCCCAGGAACUUCCACGCGUGACUCCUAUUACGAGACCACCACGCAAUACCCGACACCCACAGCGACCACUACUCCCUACAACGACGAGAUCGCCACCGAGAGUAGCUUCUCGACAAACUCGUUUGCCAAUUUCGACACUCGACCAACCGAAUCCCUUCGAUUUGCCAAUACCAACUACGAGUAUCGUGGAAGCCAGAGGAUUAUAGGAACUAACGUUCGAAGCAGCUUCGUCGAUAAAAAUUACUACAAUAUUAACAAUAACAGGGAAUCUAACAGAGCGGCUAACAUAGGAACGAUUCCUUCAACCGCUCGUUCCUACCCGACCACGGAUACGUAUCGCGAAACCACCGUGACACCGACGAGCUCUCCUCAACAGAGGUAUACGACUACCGGUUAUUACCAGUCGCCUACAUCGACCGCGUCUUUUCGCGGCAAUAAUUUUGCACGUGGCACGGAGAGGCCGGUGGACACGAUCGAUAAUCGGUCCAAUGGAUUAAACAGCGAUACGAAACCGAGCGGGAAGAACCCUUCCACGAUUUCGCCAGGUUAUCGGCAAAACUUGAUCAGCACCACUAGCACUGAGAAACCGUUCAAGACCACGUCGAUUUAUCAAGAAAAUACGGGGAAAGAUCUGAGUCCUUACGAUAGAAGUUUCACGUACAAACAGGGCAAAGUGAUGUCCACUCUGGGUCCUUACGUUCCGUUCACCAGGAAUUACGCGUACACGUCGGCAACCAGCGCCACCUCGAGACCCACCCUCUACACUCCCACGGUGCCUACCUACACCACGGCUUACGCGAGAACUUCCACGCCGAAAUCGAAAUAUCCUACACCGACGUCGUCGAGUAAAAGCAAGACGAACGGAUCGCGGUCCACCGAGAGGGAGCACGUGUUAAGCAUGCUCCAUUCCCUGAAGAAUCUGGAGCACAGCGUGCCCGGUCUGUCCGACGCGUUCAAAGGAGGCGAGAGGGCGACCAAUGUUUCCGUUCCCCCCGACCCGUCCACCUUACACUCUCUGGCGCUCUACUUUUCCACGGCUACCGAGAACUUCAAUUCCAACGAGACUACAGACUCGUCUUUGAACAUAGAAUCGGUAGCCGACGAUAUACAGAGAUCGAUACUUUCGAAAAAAAGUGACGGAACGGUGCGAGUGCCGACCAGCCUUCUUACCCGACAUACCAUCGAUUCGUACACGGAAUUGUUCAAAUUGAAGAACGACGGUGCGGAGAUCGAUAACGCGACGAUCACGAGAGAUAGUCCGGAUAACAGUUACGCAGGAGAGGACGAUGAUCUGGAGCUUCAACAAAGCGGAGGAUCAUUGGGCGAUCUUCGAAAGUCGAACGGUACCAGGCUUCGAGAAUUGGCACAAGUGUUCACCCAUGCUUUGUCCGCGUAUCUGUUGGAUCCGGACACGUUCAAAAAGGUGUUGACCGAGAUCAGACCCACCGAACCGUCUCGAACUACGUUGGAAACGGAUUUAUGGGGUACCACCACCACCCCUUAUCCCCAGGAGGAGGAGGAGGAGGAAGACGACGGUUCAUUGGGCAGGGAAAAGGACGAGGUUUUAGACUUCUCCGACGACAGCAACGAUAUCAGGCAGAAAUUGACCACCACUUAUCCCACUACUUUCGAGCUGCCCAGCACCACGGUACAAGAGAAUGUUUACGAGACCUUGAGCACGUUGCCAAGUACCUAUUACACUACGCCCAGAACAUCUGCCCAAGAUUUCUUCGAAUAUAGUACGAACUUGAUAUCGUUGAGCCCCGUCUCUAGUAACUAUUUCGAGAGUUCCACCACGCCACCAACAGAGAGCACAGAGUUUACAGCAGAGGCGAACAGCACACCGUACACGAGCGGAUUCUACAAUCGGAAUAACGAGAUAGACAAAGGAAGCGUCGAGGCAACGAUAACGGAGGGCCAUCUCUCUUCUUCCGACGAGAGUCGGAAUCGAGUCGGGGGUUUCCAAAAUAACAGCGCCACGACAAUCGCCGAACCGUACACGGAUAAAAUAUCGUUCGUCACCACUCCCAUAAGCGAUAAUUACGUCGUCUCGCCCACGCCUUUAUCGCCAUCGAUGUUCGUGCACAUGGUUACCUACAAUUGGAACAAGAAAUCGACGAGCAAAAAGCCCGAGCAACAACUGAGUCCUCCGUUCUUCGACGCUCGUUCCCAAGCGAUUCGAAAGGGAAACGAUAAUAUUCCCGCGUCUCAGAGGCCCGAGAAUUAUCCCAGCACAUCGACGCACAACGUACGCGCGACCACCCUCGCCUCGACCAAGAAUUACGAGACGUCGACCGAGCAACCCUUCAAAAUUUCUCGACAAAAAUCGUUGUUGACCGAGGCGAAAGUUGGAAUUUCCCUGCCAACGUCGCGGAACAGUUACGCGAAAUUCAGGAAUCUUUACAAUCGCGUGGACGAGUAUAAUAUCGAGACAACCGAGAGAACGACGCCUACGACAACCCUUCUAACCGAAUCCCCCGUAACAACAACUGUAUCCAGCGUCGAGACCACAACGUUUUACGCGAACGAUUCUAACGACUCGUUCGAAGCCACGAAUCGCAAGAAGGAAGAAUCCAAGGUAUUGGACAGCGAUCAUUGGACCUCGUCACCGGCUGUCACCCAUCUGUGGGAGACCUCCGUGUUCGUCGAUCCUCAGAGGAUCAACUACGACUUGGAGUCGGAUCUCGAAUCGACGGUGUCAACGGGAACGCAGUUCAGCGCCACGGACAGUCGAGAGAGGAUAGAAUACGGGAACACGCCUUCCUUCGAUGACGAUACGUUGACCAGUUCGGAGGAGUCGUCGUUCACGGACGAGGAUACGUCAGUGCAAAGAUCGUCCAGGGACAAGGAUUCGCCGACCACCUUCUCCCUGCUUCCAACUUCGUUCACGGAGAACACCGUGACGCCGAAGCCGUUGAUCACCACACGAUCCAGCAUCACUACCACGAUAACGUCCUCCAUCACGUCGACGAAAUCGUUGUUGGCUGGCCAACAGGGUGGGUUGGUGACUUUGCUUCCUUACACGGGCAAGUCGAACGGGACGGAGAACGAAAUUGCGGAGAAAUUGUUCGGCAAAUUAAACGCUUCGAGCACCGAUACGUUGAUGAGGGUGAUGAAACAGGCGGAUAAUAACGAGACCGUUCGACAACUUGUCCUCCUUUUGAUACGGCAUUGCAACGAUCCGGCGAACAACACGUUGCAACGGGAGAAGGAGGAGCUGUUGAACGCGCUGCUCAGAUUGCCCGUGAACGAAUUCUCGUCCGAGGAGUCGAGAAACGUGGUGGCCGAGAUUAAUCAGCUCAAUCUGCCCGCCGUUAAGCCGGUUAAUUACGCGAGAAGCGGUUCGACGUUGAUUACCGAGCCGCCCGUGACCACGUUCAGGAGCAGGAAGAGCCGCAGAUUUCGCUCGACCACGGAAAAUUCGGCGAAUGUAGCGAGACGAUCGGAGAAGGGGACGGUAUCGGACGAGAAUAAUUCCCUCCAGGAGGACGAGAGCUUCGCGUCUGACAAUAGGGCGCUUGAACUUCUUAGAUCGUUGUACACUAUAGCCACUAAAUGGGGGUGAAAUUGUAAGAUACAAUUGUGGC